AUACUACUACUUUUGGUUGUAGAUGGUUGUACUCUGCACAGGUCAGUUUCUUCCAGCCUCACUCAUGUCACUGGAUUAUCUGAACUCUYGAGACCAACAUCGAAAACUUGACARCUGUUCUUAUAUCUUUUUUGCAGACAGAACAGCCAGGGAUCAAGAGUACUUAGGAUUGUGAAUAACAUCACCUCGCAGAUUUGUGGCACAGCUUCCAAAGGAAAUGGACAGAAUUGAGUAUUAUUAGGACUUUUGUCAGAAGACCCACCCCUCUGAACAUACUGAAGCAAUUACAAAUGAUAAAGCAGAUGGAAAGAACAAGCCAAGCUGUGGUAAUAAUUUUGUGUGUGUGCAUGAGUGUUAAAGCUUUUGAAAUGGAGAUCACACCUGCCAACAGAAUUGUUGCACAGAUGGGAGAUGCAGUCGUGCUUACAUGCAAUGCUACUGGCUGUGCAUCACCAAGUUUUUCCUGGAGAAUCCAAACGGACAACCCCCUCGGAGGAACAGCGACACACCACGGGACAUACUCUACCUUGACUAUGAGUGCAGUUAACAUUAACAAUGCUCAUGAUUAUUUGUGUACUGUCUGCUGCAAGGAUGAGAAGAAAGAAAAAAGUGUCAAAAUUGAAGUUUACUCUUUCCCCAGUGACCCUGUCAUUGAGAUCAGCGCAUCCUUAGCUGCUGGAGAACAAACCAUUGUCACCUGUAAAAUUCCCCAUGUGUAUCCUUCUGAUCGCCUAGAAGUAUUCCUAAAAAAAGGGGAUCAUGUUCUUCACGAGCAAAAUUUUUAUGAAGAUCAUAGCACAAAUGCGGAGACCAAAACUGUGACAUAUUCAUUUAACCUCACUACUGAAGAUAUUGGGAAAGAGAUUUCUUGCGUGGCUAAAUUACCAAUUGCUGAUAUGAACUUUGAACCCAAAGAAAGAGUAACUUCUCAGAAACUGAAUGCAAACUUUGGUCCUAAAAAUACUGUCAUUAUUGCAUCUCCAAGCAACUCAGCAAUGGAAGGACACUCUAUAAAUCUCACUUGUGUGACUGACAGUAAUCCACCACCACAAAUAGUUUGGAGAAGACAAGUGGCUGACAAAAUUGUCCAGUGUGCAUCAGAAAACAAUGUCCUUACUAUUCCUGAAGCCCAUUUCACUGAUUCAGGAAUUUACAUCUGUGAAGUAACUAAUUUGUUGACUAAUAAAACAGAGAAAGCAACUGUGGAGAUCGUUAUACAAGGUCCUCCAAAUAUUGCAGAGUUCUCCGUAGAGCCUUCUACAACAGUUCAUGAAGGAGAAAAUGUUUCUAUACGAUGUUUUGCUGAGAGUAACCCUCCUGCUAAGAUUGUUUUAAGGAGAAAAUCUGACAGUGAAGACUUGGGACAUAACAGUGAAGGAGGAAUUCUCCUUCUGUCAUCUGUGACAUUCCUUAAUAGAGGAGAGUAUGAAUGCAUAGCGGAAAACAAGUUUGGGGAAAAAAGAAGUGCAGUGGCUCUUAAUGUGGAAUAUGGACCAAAGAACACAGUCAUCUCUGUAAUCCCUGCUGCUGUUGUUAAAGAAGGAGAAACUGUGACAAUGAAAUGUAGUAGUUCUGGUAAUCCAACUCCAGUGAUCUCUUGGAAGAAAAAGACUGCCACUGGGGAGUCUGAGAAAAUUUUUGAAGAUGCGACUUUAACUAUAGAGAAUAUCAAAAGUCAAGAUUUGGGACUUUAUGAAUGUGAAGCACGUAACCAAUUCGGCGGAGAAGAAAGAGCUGUGAAAUUACUUGUUCAAGCUCCACCGAAAAACACAACUCUUAAAAUUUUCCCUUCAAAUGCAGUGAAACAAGGAGAACGUGUUACCAUCUCUUGCACAUCGACAGGUGUUCCAACUGUUCAGAUUACUCUGAGAAAGAAAACAGAUGGUGCAAUCACAACACUUGAAACACAAGAUGGCAAAUAUACUCUGGAAAGUGUUUUGCUAAAGGAUGCAGGAAUAUAUGAAUGCGUAUCCAGUAAUGAACUGGGAGAGGAGUCUCAGCACCUAGUACUUGAUGUCAAAGUUCCUCCUCAAAAUAUUACUGUGUUAGUACAUCCAUCGGAAAACGUUCAAGAAGGAGAAAAUGUCACUAUUACAUGUAGCACAUACAGUAACCCACCACCACAGAUGAUCCUGAAAAAAGUCCAUCCAGACAAAGAAAUUAUUCUGACRUCAGUGAAUGGAACCUUUGUACUCUACAAUGUCACCGAAAGUCACACAGGCACAUAUUUGCUUGAUGUUUUCAAUGAGGUUGGAAACAACAUUAAAAUGAUUGAGAUAGCUGUUGUAGGAAGAGUGGAAAACCCAGAUCAAAUGAUGCUCGUGAUUAUUGCAUUUUCCUGUGUAACAGCAAUAGCAGUACCUGUAGUUGCAAUUUUGAUCUACGUGUCAAGACAAGCAAAGAUAAAUGGAUCCUACAGUCUUGUAAAAGCACUGAGACUGAAAGUGUGAUCACGUGAAUAUAAUAGUCUAAGUGGUUCAUAAUAAGCAAUGCUAUUUAUUAUUGGCUCUGCCAACACAUUCAUUGACUUUGCUCCUCUUCCAUAAUAUGCUGUAACAAGCAAGUGACUUGAAAAUGUUAUUUUGUGAUAGCAAAUGGAAAGUGGUUUGUGUUUUCAUGAGUAUUUCAGUAUUUAAAUUAAAGGAAAAAAUAGGAACAGGGAGUUGAAGCAUGCCCAGCAAUGAGUCCCUGGGAGGACUAGG